CCCCCUCGCCGUUGUUGUCGCUCGCUGAUGACGUCACGUCGUGCGCCGCAGCGGGGGCGGCUGAAGGUGACGGCGGCUCCGGUGCCGGUGCCCCCUCAGCCCCGCCAUGGCCGCCCGGCAGCUGCUGGCGCUGCGGCGCCUGCCCGCCGCCUCCUACUCGACCGCGCCCAAGAAGACGCAGUUCGGGUCGCUGCGGGAUGAGGACCGGAUCUUCACCAACCUCUACGGGCGGCACGACUGGAGGCUGCAGGGCGCCCUGCGCCGCGGCGACUGGUACAAGACAAAGGAGAUCCUGCUCAAGGGAGUGGACUGGAUCCUGGGUGAGAUCAAGACUUCGGGGCUGCGGGGCCGCGGUGGUGCCGGUUUCCCCACCGGCCUCAAGUGGAGCUUCAUGAACAAACCCCCGGAUGGCAGACCCAAGUACCUGGUGGUGAACGCAGAUGAGGGGGAGCCGGGCACCUGCAAGGACCGGGAGAUCAUGCGCCACGACCCCCACAAGCUGGUGGAGGGGUGCCUGGUGGCAGGGCGAGCCAUGGGCGCCCGCGCCGCCUACAUCUAUAUCCGUGGUGAAUUCUACAACGAGGCUUCCAACCUGCAGGUGGCCAUCCAGGAAGCCUACAAGGCCGGGCUGCUGGGGAAGGAUGCCUGUGGCUCCGGCUACGCCUUCGACGUCUUUGUGGUGCGUGGGGCCGGGGCCUACAUCUGCGGGGAGGAGACGGCGCUGAUUGAGUCCAUCGAGGGCAAGCAGGGCAAACCGCGCCUCAAGCCGCCCUUCCCCGCAGACGUGGGUGUCUUUGGCUGCCCCACCACAGUGGCCAAUGUGGAGACGGUGUCCGUGGCCCCCACCAUCUGCCGGCGUGGCGGCACCUGGUUUGCCGGCUUUGGGCGGGAGCGCAACUCUGGGACGAAACUCUUUAAUAUCUCGGGUCACGUCAACCACCCCUGCACCGUGGAGGAGGAGAUGUCGGUGCCACUGAAGGAGCUAAUCGAGAAGCACGCUGGGGGUGUCCGUGGGGGCUGGGACAACCUGCUGGCUGUCAUCCCGGGGGGCUCCUCCACGCCGCUGCUCCCCAAGUCAGUGUGCGAGACGGUGCUGAUGGACUUCGACGCCUUGGUGCAGGCACAGAGCGGGCUUGGCACGGCUGCUGUCAUCGUCAUGGAUAAAUCGACCGACAUCAUUAAAGCCAUCGCUCGCCUCAUCGAGUUCUACAAACACGAGAGCUGUGGGCAGUGCACACCCUGCCGAGAAGGUGUCGACUGGAUGAACAAGGUGAUGGCGCGAUUCGUGCAGGGCAACGCGCAGGCAGCCGAGAUCGACGCACUGUGGGAAAUCAGCAAGCAGAUUGAGGGCCACACUAUCUGUGCCCUGGGCGAUGGCGCAGCCUGGCCCGUGCAGGGUCUCAUCCGCCACUUCCGACCGGAGUUGGAGGAGAGGAUGCGGCGCUACGGUGAGGCCAAAGCCCGUGCAGCGUCAGCGUAAGGAGUCACCAGUGGAGCCGGCUGCCAGCGGUGCUUCCAGCCUCUGUGGGGGCAAGGGGGUUCCCGGAGCAGUUGGGGCUCCUCAAUAAAUGCUGCUGCACUC